GCAUGGCCGUCACCUGAUAUCGCCGGCAUCGGCACACCAUGAUACACAAGGACAUGAUUGGAUUAGUUGGUGUGCCCGAUACCUAGCGUUUGCCAUCGUCUCUGCUUCCUUUGCACCAGCUAGCUAGACUGUUGUUCUCUCUCUCUUUUCAUACAAGACUUUCGUGCAAGACUACAUUUGUAGCACAGCUGCAACGAGCUGUCCGGGAUAGACUUCCAGUAUGAAUAUCAACCAUUUGCUAGGUAUUGUCGGCUGUUUGACAGUCCUGGGAAGUCGUCCGGUAAUUUGCGAAAUUCAGGAUGGUGCGAACGUGCAGGUGGUGGUCCCGGCUGCGCUGAUAAAUGCAGAAAUCGAAGCACUGCUCCCUACAAUUAUUGCAGAAGUUGCCAAGUACCCUGCCAUAACAUGCUGCUACGAUGAUGUGGGUGCUAGUCAUGUGCAUCUCAACAUGCAGGGGAUCAAAGCUGCUUUGCAUGAACUCACGGCAAAGACAUCAUCCAGUGCUACAGGAAUGCUGAUAGAUGGCAGUGCAUCACUAACUGCUGCAGGAUCCUAUCGACUGUGUCUGCAUGAUGAUCCAUUCUCCAAACAUGCUUGCUCUACGCUGUUCGACUGCAAGGGAACGUUCUCACUGAAAACAGCAGUGUCAUUUUCACUGACGCUAGCUGUUCAUGGAGUCAAUGUGACGGUUGUCAAGCCUAGUGUCAACAUCAGCAUAUCCACCAACCUGUGCAGCAAGUUCCGUGAUGAGAUCAACAAGAACAUGGCUAAGAUCAAGUCUGGUGCUGAGCAUGCGAUGGCUGAGCUUGGGCCCAAGAUUACACACACUGUGAUGGAAUUGAUCAAAAAUACGACGGUGUCGAUAUUUGGAAAUGUGACUGCCAAGUUUGCUCUGUCCUCCGGAUCCAGUACUGUGGACGGUGGCUUGGUUGUACGGGCACUUGUUCAACUUGCCAAUGUGAAGACAGGAGCAGCAGGACCAUGGAAAGUCACCCAUGAACUACCCGCAAUUCCCACUGCCAAUGCCAGUGUGGAUAUCUAUGUAUCCGAUACGCUUUUAAGCAAUGGUUUGUACAUGGUGUACAGUGCUGGCCUGCUGCGAAAUUUCACACACAACGAGACGAUAUCCGACAAGGAGUAUGUCAUAGAAGGAAAGGCUAUGGGACCACCAAGUAUGGUGUUCAAUUCUAGCCACCAGCUGAUACAGGAACCGUGGGAAAUAACGGGUGUUUGCAAGGAGAAGGGCGUAUCGUUCCAUGCCACCCUUGUGGCUUUUUGGCAGCUCAUGUUCGAUGUAAAACUCGUGAAUGCUUCGGUCAAUGGCACCUUCAUCAAACCAUCUCUGGAGCUGACAUCCGAUGUUGGUGUGACUAAUGUAUCCACGAGUCCAAACUGCACAGCCGAUUGCCACACAUACCUUGACCACGAAGUGUCCGUGUACAAGCUACGCCGUACCCUGUACAAUGUUAUCCUAAAGGCUAUUCCUACUGUCAAGCUCCCUGCACCUAUUGAUCUGACCAGUCUCGUCUUAUCAUUUGGAGAUGGCUAUAUGAAGUUAUCAGUAACAGCAGUUAUGCCGAAGGCUAACGUUGACAGAGCAAUGGAGGCCGCAGACGACGAGGCAAUGCAGAGCAACACGCAGUGGAGAGUGAAACGCGAUGAAGCACUGUAUCCUACUGAUGGCUCUGAACCACGCAGUUUGAACACCACCAUCGAUCUCCUGUCAGACAUCUUGCCUUUUCUGGCCGUCAAGUGUCCCGCUAUCCCUGGAGCAAAACCAGACGGCUGCAUUUAGCGGACAUGCAGGCCUGCACUCAGUCUCCAUGACUACAGAGAAUUUGAAAAUUUGAAAGCAGAGCAAGGGAGAUUGAGAGUAAGCGGCACGUUGGCAUAAUAUCCUACAGCGACCCGGGUUUGAAUCGGCACAAUGUCACGAGAUCAUACCUAGAUACUUGUAAGUAGAUAAGGUCAUUGGCAUGAUUGUGAGAUUGUGUUGGAUCGUUCAUAUUUGAAUGGUAUUGUGCUGGCACAAUGUGGGUGUGUUUUCAAAUCCUUUAACGUAGAAUAAGUUAUUGGCUAAUUGGACAACUUUUUUUGCAUAUUAAUCAGUAAAGGCAUAAUUAUGCAUGGCAAAUUUGCGAAAUUGCGUGGCAAUGUUUCUUGCGAUCGAGAGCCGUCUGUCGUGUUCUUGCAGGUACUUCGAAGUAAAAAAUAUUAUUAUUGUUCGAAGUUGAACUUGGAUGGUGAGCCGAUGUAAUCAUACGUCAUUACAUUACCCGCACCAUUUUGUCCUUAUCCUUUUAUUAUUGUUCAAUUUUGUUUUUUCCAUGAUUGACUGUGCUUGCCUAAUCCGCAUACAACUUACCCACUCUACUGGCUAACUUCCACAAACUCAGUGAUUCUCAUUGUGGCACUCUAGGGAAAGCAUCUAUGGUAAUAUUCAACUUCUGAAAUUCUGAUUGCGGUUGGGCACGACACUAGUACUUUUCAACAUUCACAUUGUAUGGCUCAAUUGUAGUAGAAGUUUUUUUUUAUAUAGUUAAUUGGGUAACCGACUACCGUCGUUCUCUAGGUAACCCGGCAUGACUGAGUUAGUAGUCAUUUUAUCUGACUGUAUAAUUGUACAUAUUUUGGGAAGUGCAAUAAUUAUGGAAGUGUUCA